GCCUCCUUCUCCCAACGAAGGUAACCCCAAAAAUCACAGCCAAAAUCACUGAACUAUGAGCGGAGAGCUAAACAGAGACUACGAGAUCUGCGAGGAGAUCGGCCGCGGUCGGUUCGGCGUGGUCCACCGCUGCACGUCGCGCUCCACCGGCGAGGCCUACGCCGUCAAGUCCGUGGACCGGUCCAGCCUCGCGGACGGCCUCGACCGCGAGCUCGCGGAGCUCGAGCCCAAGCUGGCCCAGCUCGCCGGCCAGGGCAACCCGGGCGUCGUCCAGGUGCACGCGGUCUACGAGGACGAGGCGUGGACCCACGUGGUCAUGGACCUCUGCUCCGGCCCGGACCUGCUGGACUGGGUCGGCCUCCGCCGCGGCGCGCCCGUGCCGGAGCCCGUGGCGGCGGACAUCGUCGCGCAGGUCGCCCAGGCGCUCGCGCUCUGCCACCGCCGCGGGGUCGCCCACCGCGACGUCAAGCCCGACAACAUCCUCCUCGACGUCGCCGAGGACGGCGAGGGCGAGGGCUCGCCGCGCGCGCGGCUCGCGGACUUCGGGUCGGCCGCGUGGGUCGGCGGCGCCGAGGGCGGGCGCGCGGAGGGGCUCGUCGGGACGCCGCACUACGUGGCGCCCGAGGUGGUGAGCGGCGGGGAAUACGGCGAGAAGGCGGACGUGUGGAGCGCUGGCGUGGUGAUGUACGUGCUGCUCUCCGGUGGCGCGCUCCCUUUCGGCGGCGAGACGGCCAAGGAGGUGCUCUCGGCCGUGAUGCGGGGCAGCGUCAGGUUCCCCCCGAGGCUGUUCAGCGGUGUUUCUCCGGCGGCCAAGGAUCUCAUGAGGCGGAUGAUCUGCCGCGACGAGUGGAGGCGCUUCUCCGCCGAGCAAGUCCUCCGUCACCCUUGGAUCCUGAGCGGCGGCGGAUCCCGAGCGAUGGAGCAGCCAACCUGAACGGCCACCGACGGUUCAGAGUCAUAGAUUCAGAACAGAGGCAGAGAUGAGACCAUGCACGCCGUGGAAGAUCUCCCAGUUCGUCUUUAGGGAUACGUCGAGACAUACCGAUCGACGAUGUCAAUACGGUUUUGUACAAACGCCGCUGCGCGGAUCGUAUCGUUCGCGCUACGGCGGCAGACUAGUGAGUAGUAGUAAUCGAAGAAGCAUCAGCAGCUGUGUAGCAGCACUUCCUGAACUUCUUCUGUUUUUCCCCCUGGUUUAGGCUGCUCCUCAGCUUUUUCUAGAGAGUGCCUUUUCUGCUUCUCCUUCUUGUGUGCUGCUGCAUGAUGAUGCGGCAGGUUGUAUAUUCUAGCGUAAAUCUUGUUGUACAAAUGGAGUUGGAAUAAGAAUAGAUCGGCCUUAGCUUACGCUUUCCUCUUAA